UUCUCGGGAAGAAGGGAGCAGAGCAUGCGCAGGAAGUUCCACGUUAUACAACCCGACUGUAUUCACUCACUGGGAAGCAUCUUUACCUACUUAACGUUUGUGCUUUUAAAUACCAAAAUAGGUGACAGAAAUGCUUUUUUCUUUGGGACUGACAUAAACACCAACCCCGGUGAUUGUUUCAAAGCCCUUGCACCAUGGCCCCGAACUCCAUUCACUGGUUCAGGAAGGGCCUGCGUCUCCAUGACAACCCAGCUCUGCUGGAGGCGGUGAAGGGGGCGGGGACUGUUCGCUGUGUCUACUUCCUGGACCCGUGGUUUGCGGGGUCGUCCAACCUUGGUGUCAACAGGUGGAGGUUUCUCCUUCAGUGCCUGGAAGACUUGGACGCCAACCUCCGCAAGCUCAACUCCCGCCUUUUUGUGGUUCGCGGGCAGCCUGCCAACGUCUUCCCGCGACUCUUCAAGGAGUGGAAGGUCUCACGUCUGACCUUUGAGUAUGACUCCGAGCCUUUUGGGAAAGAACGGGACGCUGCCAUCAAGAAGCUGGCUAAGGAGGCUGGCGUGGAGGUCAUCGUUAAGACCUCGCACACACUCUACGAUCUGGACCAGGUUAUCGAGCUGAAUGGAGGUCAGCCCCCCCUGACCUACAAGCGUUUUCAGACCCUGAUUAGCCGCAUGGACCCUCCAGAGCUGCCCGUUGACACCCUGUCCGGGGGGUUGAUGGGACGCUGCGUCACACCUGUCGGAGACGACCAUGGGGAGAAAUACGGAGUGCCCUCCCUAGAGGAACUAGGAUUUGACACGGAGGGCUUACCAUCGGCGGUGUGGCCUGGAGGGGAGACCGAGGCCCUGACCAGGAUAGAGCGCCACCUAGAGAGGAAGGCGUGGGUGGCCAACUUCGAGCGGCCCCGGAUGAACGCCAACUCCCUGCUGGCCAGCCCCACGGGACUCAGCCCGUACCUCCGCUUCGGCUGCCUCUCCUGUCGCCUCUUCUACUUCAAACUGACCGACCUCUACAGGAAGGUGAAGAAGAACAGCCACCCCCCGCUCUCCCUGUACGGCCAGCUGCUGUGGAGAGAGUUCUUCUACACGGCCGCCACCACCAACCCUCGCUUCGACAAGAUGGAGGGCAACCCCAUCUGUGUCCGCAUCCCGUGGGACCGAAACCCAGAGGCGCUGGCCAAGUGGGCCGAGGCCAAGACGGGCUUCCCCUGGAUCGACGCCAUCAUGACCCAGCUGAGGCAGGAGGGCUGGAUCCACCACCUGGCCCGGCACGCCGUGGCCUGCUUCCUGACCCGGGGGGACCUGUGGAUCAGCUGGGAGGAGGGCAUGAAGGUGUUUGAGGAGCUGCUCCUGGAUGCCGACUGGAGUGUGAAUGCCGGCAGCUGGAUGUGGCUGUCCUGUAGCUCCUUCUUCCAGCAGUUCUUCCACUGCUACUGUCCCGUGGGCUUCGGCAGGCGGACGGACCCCAACGGAGACUUCAUCAGGCGGUAUUUGCCCAUCCUCCGAGGUUUCCCCGCCAAAUACAUCUAUGAUCCCUGGAACGCCCCUGAGUCGGUCCAGGCUGCGGCCAAGUGUGUCAUCGGCGUCCAUUACCCCAAGCCCAUGGUGAACCACGCAGAGUCCAGCCGGCUGAACAUUGAGAGGAUGAAGCAGAUCUACCAGCAGCUGUCCAGAUACAGAGGCCUGGGCCUGUUGGCGUCAGUGCCCUCCACUAACGGGAACGGUACCGGGGGGAUGAUGUUCUACUCACCUGGAGAACAGCAGCCUGGACACAACCAACCGACACACGUGUCGGGGGGAGCGGUCACCAGUGGUAGCAUCCCGUUGAACUACGACGGUGAGGAGAGACCAGGGCCGAGUGUUCAACAGAAGCAGCUCGAACUGCGACAACAUCAGCAGAAGCCACAGCAUGUUGCAUUUGACAGAGGUUAUCACAGUGGGUUGGGCAGUGCUCAGGCGCUCGGCAGCAGUGUCCUCUACCAUCAUGAGUUUGCUGUUCCCCACAGUCCAGGGCCUCUACUCCACAGUGGGGGGAGUGUUACAGGGAAGAGGGGUCGUGAGUCGGAACAGGAGGCCGGAGGAGACGACCACCUCCAUUUCUCCUCCAACAAAAUGCAGAGGCAAAGUGCUGGGAACAGCUAAUAUCUACCUGAGGAGCCCAAGAUAAAACAUAGUGUCUUACUGAACUGAUCGAUUCAACUCAACACCAGGAGACAAACUUGCUGCAUUGUCUCACAAUCUACUUCUGACCAUUUUCUUCACCAGAAGUACCAGAAACUUUUACCAGAAAGUACCAGACAUUUUUUUUUCUGAAAGGUACCUGAAAGAAAUACCAUAACUAUUUAUCAGAAGUAUCAGAAACAUUUACUACAACCUACAAAAAAAAACCUCUACCAAAAUUUACCAGAUAGUAUCAGAAACAUUUACCAGUAAGUACCAGAUUUGUAUGUCUUAUACAUACAGUUGAAAAAUAAUUUUUUGUUCCUUCUUAAUUUCUCCCUACUAUAAUGAAAGGUGAAAAUGUGAAAUGGGCUAAGAGUCUCUGUUUGACAGCGUGGUCUGUGACUGGUUUGUGUACUUGGGUGAUGCCAAUAGUGACUGGUGUGAUCUUGGCCCAAAAUGAUGUCUUUGGAUCUCUACAACAACCUUAGACAACAAUGUGUAUGUAGUAAUUAACACCACAGGGUGGCAACUCUCGGAUCCCAGCCAACCAGUCAGUUGUUGUUUUAACCGGACUGUUCCAGUUGUUCACAAAUAGUAUAUCAGAUGAGAUUACACAAAAAAACAGGCAAGACAUUACACCAGCCCAGUAUCUUAGCUCUUAGUUCAUGUCAUCUGUGCACCUCACAUCCAUAGUAUUCAGUGAGACGAACACAGAGGAUGUCUGCCCUAUAAAGGCUCAAUGUCCUCGGUCAUAUAUUGUAGAUGCCUACUUGUUUCUGAUAGCAAAAUAAUUUUGUAUAUAAAAUAUAUAUUUUUUAUAUUGUGUGUCUUGAUUGUAUAGGGAUAUAUGCUUGUACACACGCGAUACUAUUUGCAGCUGAAUUUCUAUCACGAUCACUGGCCCUUACAAAACACGUAGUCUCUAUUACAUGGUAUAUGAAUCAACCAUAUGGUAGUCUGUGAAUCAGUCAGUCUGUGAAUCAGUCAGUCUGUAAGCAUGGAGUUUGCUUGAUGGUCAUAAAACAUCAUUGUCUGGACUACUGGAUGGUCCCAUUCAUGUCAUUGUCUGGACUACUGGAUGGUCCCAUUCAUGUCAAUGUCUGGACUACUGGAUGGUCCCAUUCAUGUCAAUGUCUGGACUACUGGAUGGUCCCAUUCAUGUCAAUGUCUGGACUAUUGGAUGGUCCCAUUCAGGUUAAUGUAUGGACUACUGGAUGGUCCCAUUCAGGUUAAUGUCCCUCCCUCACUCAGUGACAUCGUCAUUGCGUGACAUCAUUCGUAGUGCACUGUGACCUUUGUUUCCAUUCAAGAUGGCUCUGUUGACACCUGCAGCCCAAUUCUUUCCCACUAAUUGGUCUUUUGACCAUAGUUUUUUUGACUGAACCUGAUCGGAGAUAUAUGGUUGAAAUACCCCUAAGUGGACAAAAGAUUACAUUUGGGCUGUCUGUGUGAACUAAGCAAAAUAGUUUAGAUCAAUAUAUCAUGGGUCACCAGUACAGACCCAGUCACAUUUUCACCUGGUAAAUUUAUUUCAGUCCGGGGAUCUCUUUUAUUUAUUUUCAACUCAAGGAACAUAAUUUUUUUUUGUAGUUUUAUACAGCAAAUAGGUAAACAUUAAAGAUGAUAUACAGUAAUAAGUGAUUUGUCAGAGUAUGUUUCAUUUUUCUAUGUUCAAUCGAAUGCUUGUGAAUUGGGUGUUGGUCAUUCUGGUAACUCCACAUUUCCAAGGAUACGAAGAUUCACUUGAAGACGUGGAGGAAAAGAGCAAAAACUAUGUUUUUCAAUAGUUACUGUACUGUUAUUUAGCAAAUUAUACUUCAAGCAUUGGUCCAUAACCAGAAGACACAGGAGACGAGAAUUGCGGUGGGGGGGGCUCUGUCUUACCACAUCUUUUUUUAUUUUCUAUGAUUCAUAUUUAAAACCAAAAACUUUAAAACAAGGAAUUUUUGAAAAGUUUAGUCAUAAAACUUAAAGGUACAGGAUAGCUGUUUGUGAACAAAGACAUGAACAUUCUGAAAAACAUGAAUGAAGAGGGAGUAUCAACCUCCAUUUCAGACAUGCAUGAACCUCACCUUUAAGACAGUUUGACUGUCCUCGCCUUUAAGAAGCUGUUCUGCACACCUUCUAUAAAGGUGUGUCUCUAAUGUGAAGUCGAAGACUAUUUACUGUCCUAAGACCGUUCAGUAAGCCGAACACAAUCAACAACGACUACUCCCACGUCUCUCUUUCUCUCAUGCGACCGCACACACACUGAAUAGCAAGGAAAGGCGGAGGUUGUGGACAGCUCUCCUUGUAAAUUUACUUCUCCCGCUCGUGUUCCUCUUUCUGGAGAUGGUGUCUGUAUGCACUGUGACUCCAUGUGUACAACAACACCUGGUCUUGAUUAUACCUGUAUGUGUACUGUUCCUGUAGAGCAGUUGGUUCGGCCGUGGUUGUUCCUGCUGUCUGUGAUGAGAUGCUAAGGAGGAUGGAUUCAAAACGAAUACUCUUAAUUGUUCUCUUCAUGUAUGGUAAUGUUGUCCGUUUUCAAAUUAAACUGUAAUUUAUAGUUGUUUUUAUUCACAAUGGAGUGAAAAAGUGAAGUCAUUUUUUCUCGCUUUCUUUUUUUUUU